AUGCAGAAUGCUGAACCUACGCAGCCGACAGCUGAUACAGUGACGCCACCACCAACACAAAGUUCUAAUCCAGAAGCUGAUUCACAGGAUAAUUCAAAUGUACAGACGGAAGUAGUGGAAAUGCCGAUGGCUACCGGAAAUACAGAAACAACAACUACCAGUCCAGCUGAAGUGACGGAAAUAGUGGAGAAGACAAAGAUGCCUAUGCUUGGUGAGGAUGAAGAAUCUAUACCACCUGAAUUCAGACAGAAAAGCAAAAAUGAAACUUCAACAGAAGAAGAAAAUAAACAAGAACGCAAAGGUAAAUUAGUUGAUGUAGUAGUGCAAACAUCCCCGGAAUUUUACAAACUGAAAACUCUAGAUCACAUAACUCUGGCGUUUUAUAAGACAGUAGUUAAAAUUAUGGAACGACUAUCAGUAGCCUUCGAGAAAAUAUCCAACGACGUGGAGAAAUUCAAGGAAAAACUGAAACCUCAUAGAAGCUGA